AUGACUAGGGUCGCCACGUUGACCGUUUUCACCACAACCGCCUAUCCCUGCGACAUAAACCCGACCAUCGACAGCGAGUGUACUAACUUAGCCGUCGGCCGAUCAUACUGCGUUGCUCCCGUGAACGGGACCGAGGUGCCAGACGUGACGACCACAUAUACGCCGCUCACACAAUUACCAAGCACAGCUAGCAGUAGCGUUUCCUAUACGGAGGACAACUCGCUUCACAAGACAGCAUUGAAUAUGAAAUUAUGUAUUCCUCACUUCGAGCCACCUUUUCAGACGUUAUUCGAAGGCAGUAGAUACUGGAGGAACGAGAGUUUUGUCUACCACUCAACCAGGGAAUGUCUAAUGAAAGACCCCCAUCGAUUCCACACGAAUUAUUUUCAACUCUUGUCACUUCCUCCCUCUACCUUCGAGUCUCUUCCCUUCUUUCUUCUCGCCAUGGAGUCACUUGCUGAGACGACUUGGGACGUCGUCAUCUGUGGCACAGGCUUGCAGCAGUCGCUUCUUGCCUUAGCUCUCUCGCGCUCGGGCAAGCAAAUUCUGCACCUCGAUCCCAAUGCCUACUAUGGCGGUGACGAGGCCGCCCUCACCCUCCAAGAUGCCGAGGAAUGGGUAGCACGGCAGCAGAACCGGCAGACGCAGUUGUCGUCGGACGCGUCAGACCCAGACCCAGACCCAGACCAAACACAAGACGAGCCAACCCCCAUAUUCUCUGCUGCUUCCAUAUCCAGACCAGCCGAACUUUCCGGUUCAGCCUCUGCCCUCUCCUCCUCCCGAGCCUACUCCCUUGCCUUGGCCCCCUUCAUCGUCCACACCCGCUCCGCCCUCCUUUCACAACUCGUCUCUUCCCACGCCUACCGUCAGGUCGACUUCCUAGCCGUCGGUUCCUUCUUCAUCUUCCAACCCGCUUCCUCCGCAGCCGCGGAAAACCAAGAAGAUGGUCGUCCAAACACGGAACAGGGGGGCCCGUCACUGACACCUAUCCCGUCCACGCGCGAAGCCAUCUUCGCCGAUACCACCAUCCAACCCCGCUUGAAACGUGCCCUGGUCAAAUUCCUCAAGUUCGUUCUCGAGCACGACACCGCCGCUCAGGCCGAAAAGUGGCAAGCCCGAGCCAAACAGCCCCUCGACACCUUCCUCCAGGACGAGUUCAAGCUCGAUGCCGAGCUGAGGACUUUGAUCCUUGCCCUGACGCUCUCGCUCGACGGACGAAUCACCGUCCGGGCCGGGCUGAAGGUCAUCGAGCGUCACCUCACCUCCAUGGGCAUGUUCGGGCCGGGCUUCGCCGCCGUGUAUCCCAAGUGGGGAGGCGGGAGCGAGAUAUCCCAGGUGGGCUGCCGAGCCUGUGCCGUGGGCGGCGGCGUUUACAUUCUCGGUUCAGAUGUCAAAGCCACGCGUCUUUCGGAAGAGGGUCCCGACGGCGCGGAGGUGGAGGUCGAGCUGGGAGAACCCGCCAUCCGGGUCCGGACUCGGUUACUCGUCCGUGGCAGUGACAGCGCGACAGAGAGCGACGAAAAGAUCAGCAGGCAAGUGGUCGUCGUGGAUUCUCCUCUGCGUUCGCUCUUUACGCCUACGCUAGAGGAUGCACCGACACCAGCUGUUGCUGUCAUUGUCAUGCCUGCGGGCUCCUUGAAGGACGACAAGGCCGAACCGUCGCCAUAUCCUGUGUUUGUCUUUGCUCAUUCAAGCGACACGGGAGAAUGCCCCUCCGGACAAAGCGUACUCUAUUUCACUACCCUCGCCACCCCAAGCUCGGCCUCCGUUCUCGACCAUGCUGUCGCAUCGGUGCUUUCCGCUGUUUCCAAGGACAACCGCGGAGAACCACCUCGGUGUAUCUACCAGUUACGAUACGACCAGUCAUGCGGCAGGAGCAAGCCUUGCUCGGCGGAUGAGGAAGCCAUCUUGACCUUCCCAUCACUGCCCCUUGGCCUCGCCUUCGAUGACGCCGCGUUGGACCCUGUCAAGGAGGCUUGGGUAAAGGCCAUGGGACCUGCGGCCACCGACGAAGCAAAAUCUAAGUACAUGGAUUUCGAGAACCGUGAGGACGUAGGCGAUGAUGAGCACGACCAGGAGUAG